AACUUCAGCUGUACUUCGGUUUAGAGAACAUAAAAUUAUUGACUUCUUUUAUAUAUUAUGAUAGUUUUCGACAUGUGUAAUCCAAAAAUGCAAGUCUUAACUUUAGGACCCCAGUGGUUCAAGAAUUAUGUAUAUAUAAAAUCGAGUGUUUUUAGCGUAUUUUUAGCGUAUGCGUUAUUUUCGCGCCACGUCGUGAGUAUUGGUUUAGGUUUGGGCAGGUUUAGGUUAUGCUCCAUUCUAUAAGCUAAUGUUUGGCGAAAGUCAGUUCAAUAUUCACCUGUACCCGUACCCGGAUUAAUCAGAUGAUGGAUAAAAGUAAUAUAGCGUCAUGCUAGCCUGUAAAAUACACUAAAAAUGCUCAAUUUUACGUACGGAUAACUCUUGAACCGCUUGAUUUCUAAAGUUAAGACUUGCAUUUUUGGAUCCUACGCGUCGAAAACUAUCAAAUAACAAAAAAGGUCAAUAAUUUUAUAUUUCCUAAAUCAAAGUUAAAACGUAACUUCUAACUAAAUAAAAUUUUCAUUCACUCAAAUAAAGUAAAUAAUAGAUAUAAGAUAUAGGAAUAUAUGUGAAUAUGUAUACAUGUAGACUAGUUCCUAUCUUCAGACUGUUUCAAGAUGAUGAAGUUGGUCACUUGUAGCUUCAGCUUGCAGCUCAUAAUUGUACAUAGUCAAUCCAUGUACAUAUUAUGUCUUUUGCAUACAUAGCUGCGUAUAGAAAAUUCACAAUAUAGUUUUGGACAUUUAACGUGUAAAUUUAGAAAAGUUAAUCAACAAUGACUGACGAUUCCAAUGGAGAAUCCACAUUCGAAUUUGUCGAAAGAAGGACAGAUGAAUCGUCUACAUCUGGAGAAAUCGUAAAAACAGAUUCUUUUAGCAGUUUGUCUUCAUCAACAUCUUUAUUAAUGCCAUUAGGUGUGUCAACAUCUACAGGAAAUUUGUUAUCAAAUGUACCACCACCUAGUGCAUUGCCUAUUUUUAUUUCAAACCCUGGAACACUGUUAUCAGAAAGGCCUAAUAAUUUAGAAUCAUCUUCACAAAAGAAACUUCAUGAACAGGAACCUAAUAAAUCAAUGUUAAAUACUGUUAUUCAAUCUAAACCAUUACAGCAAGAAACACAUCAAGUAAUUACAACUCCUAUUGUUACUCCGUCCAUACAAAAUGUACAAACUACAGUACCAUCAGAAAAUGUAAUCCAGGAUUCAGGAAUGGUUGGAGGUGGUCUACUGUCAUGGGUUAAAGAAACAGUAGUAAAUAGUAAUGUAUUAAGCAAAGUUGCAGAAAAAGCAAAGAACAGUGUUAAUACUAUGAUCACAACAUUAGAUCCUCAGAUGCAUUCUGGUGGUGAUAUGGAGAUUGUGGUUGCAUCAGACAAAGAUGUUAAAAUAAGUUCUGUUCGUCAGGCUUUCCAAACAGUUUUUGGGAAGGCAACAGUAACUGGUAUAUCAGUGGAAAGUUCAGCUGUAGCUGCUCAACCAGUUGGUUUUGCUGCUGGUGUGAAAGGAGCAGAAGAAAGAAUUAAUUCUGCUCGAAAUAUUCCGACUCUUCCAAAAGAUAUACCUAUAAUUGCAGUAGAAAAUUUUCUGUUAGAAGUUGGUGAAGAUAAAUGGUAUGAUUUAGGGGUGAUACUUCUUAAUGAUCCGAAACGUAAUGUGAAUUUGCAAACGUUCACUCAAAUGACUCCAGUGCCAAGUCAAAUAGUAACAAUGGCACAAGAAGCCACACCUGAAGAUUAUCCUCUUAAAUGGUCCGGAUUAUCAGUUACUGUUGGUAGUUUAAUGGCAAACAGUUUACAGGUUUCUCACAAUGAAUGGCAUCAUGCACUUACAGGAAUUUCCAGAAGAGACAUUAUACUUUUAGCAGCUCAAUCACUAGCUGGCAUCUACAAAAACACAAUUAAUCCCAUCUAAAUUUUUAUGAAAAAUACAUCGAUGCAAUUUAUCAAUGAAUUGCGUUUUUGUAAAUGCAACUAUAAUAAUUUAUAGAGUAACUUGAAUCAAUUAUCAAAAUUUAUUUCUUAGACUCUUACUUUUUACGAGUAGCUAACAUUUCAUCACAUUGUUGAAACAAAGAUCCAAUUCAAUUAACGUGUCAUACUUAUUAAAUUAGUAUUUAUAAAUUAAGGAAAUGUAUUUUAAUUAUAUGUGGUAAUAUGUACAAAAAAUUAAUGGAAUGAAGUCGAAAUAUAUAAAAAAAAUAGGUUUGGUA